AUUCAUUCAUUACACUACAAUAAUUUACACACCAAAAUGAGAAAUUAUAAAUCAAACAUACCUUUAAUAUUCUUACCAUUUAUUUACUCUAUUUUAUUUUUAUCCCUCCCAAAACCUUCCCUCCAACAAAACAACCAAACAAGACUCCAAAAUGCUUACACAGCCUUACAAGCAUGGAAACACUCCAUCACAUCCGACCCAAACGGGUUCACCUUGAAUUGGGUUGGGCACGACGUAUGCACCUACAAAGGAAUAUAUUGUGCACCUGCGCCUGAUGAUCCCAACGUUCAAACUGUAGCAGGAAUUGAUCUUAACCAUGCAAAUAUUUCAGGAUCAUUACCCGAACAUUUAGGCCUGUUAACCGAUCUUGCCCUUCUUCACCUUAACUCGAAUCGAUUUUUCGGUACUAUUCCGUCUUCUUUUGUUCAUCUCCAAAUUCUUUAUGAAAUCGAUCUUAGUAACAAUCUUUUUUGUGGUGAAUUUCCCUCAGUUCUUCUUUGUCUACCCAACUUAAAAUUUCUUGAUAUAAGGUACAAUUUCUUUCAUGGGUCAAUUCCUUCUAGGGUGUUUGACCUAAAACUUGAUGCACUUUUUAUAAACAAUAACAAUUUUUCUUCAUCUCUUCCUACAAAUAUAGGGAAUUCUCCUGUUUCUGUUCUUGUACUAGCUAAUAAUAAAAUUAAUGGGUGUUUUCCCCAAGAGAUUACUAAAAUGGGUUCGAGUUUACGAGAAAUUAUACUAAUGAAUACGGGAUUAAAAGGGUGUUUACCAUCUAGUAUUGCUAAUUUGAAACAAGCAACUGUUUUUGAUGUUAGUUACAAUGAUCUCACUGGGACUUUGCCUGAAAGUAUAGGUCAAAUGAAGAGUUUGGAACAGCUAAAUGUGGGCCAUAAUAAGUUUUUUGGGGAGAUUCCUACAAGUAUUUGUUGUUUGCCUAAGUUGGAGAAUUUUACUUACUCUUAUAAUUACUUUUGUGGGGAACCUCUUAGUUGUUUGAGGUUGAAGGAUAAAGAUGAUAAGUUUAAUUGUCUUCCUUUUAAACCCUUCCAAAGGUCUCUUGAUGAGUGUAAAUCUUUUCUUUCUUACCCUCCUUAUUGUAGCUCUUUUGGUUGUCCCGGAACACCGCCACCACCACCUCCGCCACCGCCUCCUCCUCCACCUCCACCGCCACCUCCUCCUCCUCCACCUCCACCGCCACCUCCUCCUCCUCCACCUCCUCCUCCUCCACCACCACCACCUCCGCCACCUCCUCCUCCACCACCUCCUCCCCCUCCACUGCCACUGACACCGCAUCGGCAUCCACAUUGGGAUAUAUCACAUAAUAAUUACAAUCCUUAGACUAGAGGCCGGUUGACAAGUACUCCCUUAAUUUGUAUGAAAAUGCUACACUUUAUUUUUUCUGCACUCCUAAUUUUACAAUAUUUUCGUUUAUGAAAAUAUCCUCAUCCAUUUUAAAAUUUUUAUCUACAUAUUUUCUUUUUCUUUUGAUGCUAUCUACACAUAAAUACAAUAUAAAUUUAUAAUGUUUUCAAUUAUUUUUAAAUUUUUGUAUCAUUUAAAGAUAGUGCAAUUUCAUAAAGACGGAGAGUACUAAAUUGAUUGUGUCCAGCUAGCUUUGGCUUGUUUGAUUAGAAAAGUCCUCUUGUACCAUUUGAUUUGAUUUGCAUUGUUUUGACUAGGAGAAAAAUAAUAAAACCCAAAAGUUGGUUAGUCAAUGGUUGUUUUUUUAUUUCCUUUGAAGUUUUUUUGGUGGAAAAUGAUGUAUAGUGUGGUUUUUAUUUGAUUUGAUUAAAGAGGAGAUUCAUUAUUAUAUAUUUAUAGUAAGGGAAUGUAAAUAAUGUUUAUAAUACCAUGAAUAACUUUUGUAAACUACACAAAAAAAAUAUGAAUCGAAUUAUGAAGAUUGUUUCUUCAA